AUGGCGGCGGUUCGGAGUUUCAUCACGGACCUGAAUCGAGUCGGUAAGGUGGUAAAGCUUGCUGCUUUUAGUCCUUUAGAUUCUGCUCGUGAGGCGUUGCGAAAUUUGAUGCUCAAUCGAUCUCGCCAAAAUGGUAAACCCUUUGCCUUUUCUGCUCUUUCCAAUUUAUUGCUUCAGAAGAGGGUAAUCAAAGCGAGCAAGCCGGUAGCUGGAACUUGUUCGCGGUGCAGCCACGGCGCAACGGUGGCGGAUAUGAAAACCAUGACCAGAUUUUGUUAUAUCCCGUUUUAUUGGAAAUCUUGGAAGGCUAUUAUGUGCAGUUUUUGUGGGGCUAUUCUCAAAUCUUACAGGUGA